UCCUUGCGCCGCUCUCCGGCUCUCGCUCUCUCUCCAAGGCUUGCCAGGCGGCCCGGAGCCUCGGCGCGACCUGUGAUCGAGGCUGGGUCAAAACUUCGAGCAUGGCUGGUUCUGUUUCUCCUGGGGGUCGCGCCUACACCGAGGAACAGGAGUACUUGCAGGCUUACGAAGAUGUGCUGGAGAAAUACAAAGAUGAACGGGACAAAGUACAAAAGAAAACAUUCACAAAAUGGAUAAACCAGCACCUCCUGAAGGUUCGAAAACAUGUCAAUGACCUGUAUGAAGAUCUGAGAGAUGGACAUAACUUGAUUUCUCUUUUGGAAGUCCUUUCAGGAGAUACUUUACCAAGGGAGCGAGAUUUUUUGAAGACCUUACGGUUGCCCAGAGAGAAAGGACGGAUGAGAUUUCACAGACUACAGAAUGUCCAAAUUGCACUCGAUUAUUUGAAAAGGCGGCAGGUGAAACUGGUGAACAUUCGAAAUGAUGACAUAACAGAUGGGAAUCCUAAAUUGACACUGGGAUUAAUAUGGACCAUAAUUUUGCACUUUCAGAUUUCUGAUAUCCAUGUUACUGGAGAGUCAGAGGAUAUGUCUGCUAAAGAGCGGUUGCUUCUUUGGACACAACAGAUAACGGAAGGUUGUGCUGGAGUUCGUUGUGAAAAUUUCACUACCUGUUGGCGAGACGGGAAACUAUUUAAUGCCAUCAUUCAUAAAUACAGGCCGGACCUGGUAGACAUGAAUACUGUUGCUGUUCAAAGCAACCUUGCAAAUUUAGAGCAUGCUUUUUUUGUAGCUGAAAAACUUGGAGUUGCCAGGCUUUUGGAUCCUGAAGAUGUCGAUGUCUCCUCACCAGAUGAGAAGUCAGUAAUCACUUAUGUAUCAUCACUUUAUGAUGCAUUUCCCAAAGUACCUGAAGGUGGUGAAGGCAUCAGUGCACACGAUGUUGAAGUCAAAUGGAUUGAAUACCAGAAUAUGGUGAACUACCUCAUCCAAUGGAUUAGGCACCAUGCCACAAUAAUGAGUGACAGAGCAUUUCCAAACAACCCUGUAGAACUCAAGGCACUUUAUAACCAAUAUUUACAAUUUAAAGAAACAGAAAUUCCACCAAAGGAAAUAGACAAAUCAAAAAUCAAGCAUCUAUAUAAACUACUAGAGGUUUGGAUUGAAUUUGGGCGUAUCAAGCUUCCUCAAGGCUAUCAUCCAAAUGACAUUGAAAAAGAAUGGGGGAAGCUAAUUAUUGCUAUGUUGGAAAGAGAGAAAAUGCUUCGACCAGAAGUUGAAAGGUUAGAUAUGCUGCAGCAAAUUGCAAACAGAGUUCAGCGGGACAGCCUCACUUGCGAAGACAAGCUAAUGCUUGCUCGAAAUGCUACUCAGUCAGAUAGGAAACGAUUAGAAGCAGGCCUGCAGUUCCAGAACGAAGCUGAGAUCGCAGGCUAUCUACUUGAAUGUGAGAAUCUUCUCCGCCAACAAGUUAUGGACGCCCAGAUUCUUACUGAUGGAAAAUAUUAUCAGGCGGAUCAAUUAGUCCAAAGGGUUGCAAAACUCCGAGAUAACCUUAUGGCCUUAAAAGCAGAGUGUUCCUCAAUCUACAACAAGGGGAGAAUACUAACAACGGAACAGACCAAGAUGAUGAUAUCAGGAAUAACACAAAGCUUAAACUCAGGGUUUGCACCAAGCCUAAGCCCUAAUUUAAACGCUGGACUAAAUCAGGGCUUGUCUCCCUCCUUGACCUCAUCCAGUCUGACGUCAGGUUUGUCAUCAGGUUUUUCUCCAAGACUGACCCCAGCCAUCACCCCAGCAUACACUCCAGGCUUCCCACCACGGUUAAUUCAAAGUUACAUAACUGGAGUUGACACGGGUGGACUUCAAACACUCAAGUUGACACAGAUUCGCAAACCUCUGAUGAAAUCAGCUUUUAUUGAUCAGAAUUUAACAGAAGAAGAAGUCAAUAUGAAAUUUGUACAGGACCUCUUAAGAUGGGUAGAUGAAAUGCAGGUACAACUUGACCGAGCCGAAUGGGGCUCAGAUUUGCCAGGGGUUGAAAGCCAUGUUGAAAAUCACAAGAAUGUUCACAAAGCUAUUGAAGAAUUUGAGUCAAGUCUUAAAGAAGCAAAAAUCAGUGAGAUCCAAAUGACUGCUCCCCUCAAACUCAGCUAUGCAGAAAAAUUGCACAAACUGGAGAGCCAAUAUGCAAAACUCUUGAAUGCGUCCAGGAAUCAAGAAAGACACCUCGACACCCUUCACAAUUUUGUAUCACGUGCUACUCGGGAACUUAUAUGGUUGAAUGAAAAGGAGGAGGCGGAAGUUGCACAUGACUGGAGCGAAAGAAACACAAAUAUAGCAAGGAAAAAGGAAUAUCAUGCCGAUCUGAUGAGAGAACUUGACCAGAAAGAAGAAGUUAUUAAAUCAGUACAGGAAAUAGCAGAACAAUUGCUCUUUGAAAACCACCCUGCAAGAUUAACUAUUGAGGCCUACCGAGCUGCAAUGCAAACCCAGUGGAGCUGGAUUUUGCAGCUCUGCCAAUGUGUUGAACAGCAUUUAAGAGAAAACACUGCAUAUUUUGAGUUUUUCAGUGAUGCCAAAGAGGCUCUAGAUUACUUGAAGAAUUUACGAGAUGCUGUACAUCGAAAAUACAAUUGCGAUAGAUCCAGCAGCAUUCAUAAACUAGAAGAUCUGAUCCAGGAGUCUAUGGAAGAAAAAGAACAGCUCCUACAGUACAAGAGCACCGUGGCAGGCCUUGUGGGCAGAGCAAAGACAAUAGUUCAGCUAAAGCCGAGGAAUCCUGAAAAUUCCCUCAAAACGUCCAUCCCAGUUAAGGCCAUCUGUGACUAUCGACAGAUUGAGAUAACUAUUUACAAGGAUGACGAAUGUGUCCUGGCAAGCAACUCUCAUCGAGCAAAAUGGAAAGUGAUCAGCCCAAGUGGCAAUGAGGCCAUGGUUCCCUCUGUUUGUUUUACCAUCCCACCUCCCAACAAAGAAGCCAUAGACACUGCAAAUAGAAUUGAGCAGCAGUAUCAGAAUGUCCUAGCUCUUUGGCAUGAGUCACAUAUAAAUCUGAAGAGUGUAGUUUCUUGGCACUAUUUAACAACUGAAAUUGAAACUGUUCGAGCAAGUAAUGUGGCCUCAAUCAAAACGCUCUUGCCAGGUGAACAUCAGCAGGUUUUAAGCAACUUGCAGUCUCGCUUUGAUGACUUCUUGGAAGACAGCCAGGAAUCCAAAAUUUUCUCUGUUGCUGACAUUGCCCAGUUGGAAAGGGAAGUAAAUGUAUGUAAGCAGUACUACCAAGAGCUACUUAAGUCUGCUGAGAGAGAGGAGCGCGAAGAAUCUGUUUACAAUUUAUACAUCUCAGAAGUUCGAAACAUCAGACUUCGAUUGGAGAAUUGUGAAGAUCGUUUGAUUAGACAAAUUCGAACUCCUCUGGAGAGGGAUGACCUCCCUGAAAGUGUGUUCCGUAUCUCUGAACAAGAGAAGCUCAAAAAGGAGCUGGAUCGGCUCAAAGAUGAUUUGGAAACAAUCACAGAUAAAUGCAAUGAUUUCUUCAGCCAAGCUGCUGGUUCCCCUUCGGUCCCAACUCUGCGGUCUGAACUUAAUCUUGUAAUUCAGAACAUGAAUCAGGUGUAUUCCAUGUCUUCCAUUUACAUAGAAAAGUUAAAAACUGUCAAUUUGGUGCUCAAAAACACUCAAGGGGCUGAAGCUCUAGUAAAACAGUACGAAACUAAACUUUGUGAAGAAGACCCAUUAACUGCUGACAAGAGCAAUAUAGAGAACCUGAUGGGUACCCUGAAGCAAUGGAGAUCUGAAGUUGAUGAAAAAAGAGAAGUAUUCCAUGCUUUAGAAGAUGAACUCCAGAAAGCAAAAGCAAUUAGCGAUCAGAUGUUUAAAACACACAAGGAGCGUGAUCUUGACUUUGACUGGCACAAAGAGAAAGCAGACCAGUUAACUGAGAGAUGGCAAAAUGUGCAUUCUCAGAUUGAAAACAGGUUACGUGACUUGGAGACUAUCAAUAAAUCUCUAAAGUACUACAGAGAUACUUAUGGUGCACUGGAUAAUUGGAUUAAGCAAGUUGAAGAAACACAGCAAAAAUUUCAGGAAAACCCACCCAAGAACAGUAAAGCUCUGGCACAACAGCUAAAUGAGCAGAAGAUGCUGGUGUCUGAAAUAGAGAUGAAACAAAACAAGCUAGAUGAAUGCCAGAAAUACUCAGAGCAGUAUUCAACUGCAGUGAAGGAUUAUGAGUUGCAAACAAUGACAUACAGAGCCAUGGUUGAUUCCCAGCAAAAAUCACCUGUAAAACGUAGAAGGAUGCAGAGUUCUUCCGACUUCAUUAUACAAGAGUUUAUGGAUUUACGAACACGCUACACAGCCUUGGUAACCUUGAUGACUCAGUAUAUAAAGUUUGCUGGUGACUCUUUGAAAAGGUUAGAGGAGGAAGAGACCUUGAAAAACAAGGAGGCCCUUGUACGUGGGGAAUUUUCUAAUCUGGAAGAACAGCAGAAGGCAGUGUUGAAUGAGAACAAGAAACUUAUGGCAAGAAUAAGUGAACUUGAGAAGGCUCUAGAGGAGAUAAGGAGACAGAAGCUGCAGCUGGAGGAAGAACUUCCAAAAGCCAAAGAAGAUGCAGAAAGGGAAUUAAAGAAGCAGCAGAAGAAAAUGGAAGAGAUUUGUCUUCAGAAAGCUAAGGCAGAGCAAGAAGCGAAGCGAAUUUCCAUGGAGUUAGAGGAUGCCCUUAAAGAGAAAGAAGCUGCAGAACAGGAGUUAGAACGUGUGAAACAGCUCACUUUGAAAGCUGAGGUUCAAAGAAAUGCCGUUGAAGAAAACCUUAGGGCUUUUAGAAUUCAACUAGAAGAAAGCAACAUGAUUCGAAAAACCUUUGAAGAACAUUUAAGAAGGAAAGACACAAGUCUUCAGGAUCUGGAGCAGCAAAAAAAGGCUUUAAUGGAAGAGCUGAAGAAAAAAACAGCCGAAGAAGAGAAGCUUCUGAAACUAAUUAAGGAAAUGGAACGUGAUCUCGAGCUGCAAGGUAGUUCAGUGAAAAACAAGUUCAGAGAAAAAGAAAUAACUGACUUCAGAAGGCAAAUUACUAUAAUAGGAAAAGAAACUUGCUCAGACAUUUUCAGAGAAAAGCAAGACAUAAAGAACAUAGAGGAAUUCCAACAAAUAGUAGAUGAACUCACUAUGGCCAACAAGAAGUCUGAAAAAAUAAUUAAGGAUUUAAAAUACGAACUUCAUGAACUUGAGCUACAGAAUGCAUCCUCUGAAGAAAAAGCUCGCUUAUUAAAGGAAAAACUAGAUGAAGCCAAUCAUUCUCUCAGAUGCCUUAAAAUAGAGUUGGACCAGAAAGAACUGGUUGAGCAAGGUUACUUGGAACAACUAAAAGAACUUGACAAGCAGCUGCAGAAAGCCACAGGUAAAGCUGAAGAAGUAAUGCAAGAAUCCAUGGAACUUAAAAGAAUCAAUAUGAAUUAUCAAGAAGACUUGAGGUCGCUUCAGAAGGAAAAGGCACAGUUAAAGAGGGAGCUGGAGGAAUUGACAAGGACACACACAGAAAUUGAAAUUAUUGCUCAGCAGUUGCGUUCACAGAUUGCCUCUCUUCAACAAGAGAAAAUGAUAGCUGAACAGAGAACUAUAUCAUGUAAAGGGGAAGCAAGCAAUCUGCAGGAGCAAUUUAGAAAACUGCAGGAGCAAUUGCUUCAGAAAACAAGAGAAGAAAAAGAGAGCCAGCUGACUAUUCAAAGACUGAAAGAUGACUUAGCUGACAGUAAUCACUUGGUAGAAAAAUUAAAGCAAAAGGUGGAGGAGCUUACUAGGUGGAAUAGUGAAACCAAACUUAUGAUGACUGAAGUGCACACUGAAUCAGAGAGGAUAGUUCUGGAGAGACAGAUUAUUGACAGGAAAAAUGACGAAUUAAAAGCUUUGGUUGAUAGCUUCAAGGAGCAGCUCCGUGUUACAAAUGAAGAGCUGCACAAACAGAUCAUAAUUGAGCAAGAGCACUUGGAUAAAAUCAAGAGAUUAGAAGAUGAGUUAGUCAAUGCAAAAGAUGUAAUUAAUGAAUAUAAGCAGAAAUGUGACAGGGAUAUCACUUACAACAUGAAUACUGAGAUGGAGCUAAGAAACCUAAACAGUCAGGUGAGUACAUUUACUAUGGAAAUUAAAAUGAAUGAGCAGAAAAUCCAGCAACAACAAGCUCAUAUUCAAGAACUCAACAAUAAGAUAAAGAAGCUGCAAGAUGAUUUCCACCAGAAGACUUUAGAUGAGCAAACGGCACGUAAAAAGAUGGCAUUGCUCCAGGAAGAGUCGAUUAAAUAUAAGCAUUCUGCUGAAGAGUUUAAGAAGAAAUUUGAUAAACUCCUGGAAUCGCACAACAUUGCUGAAAAUGACAUUUCAGGCAUAAGGAUGGAAUGCAUCACUUUGCAGCAAGAGAAGCACAUGACUCAAGAAAACAUCAGAAUGUAUCAGAUUCAGAUUGAAGAUUUGCAGAACAGACUCCAAAAAUGCCGUGAUCAGCUACAACAAGGGAAACAUGCAGAAAUGGAACAUUUGCAGAAGUACCGCAAGCUGGAAGAGGAAUUCCACAUGCAGAAACGAACAAUGGAACACCUGAAGCACCAAAUAGAUCUGCAGAAAAGAGAGCACUGCAAUCAGUUGCGCUUGUUUCAGAAUGAGAUCAACAAAAAGAAUGUUCAGUUGGACUUUGGAUUGAAAGGACUUGACUACGGUUACUUGGGAGACGCCUCUCUGAGAGAUUUUGAACAACGUAAAGUGUGUACAAAUACUUCUCCUUUAUUAAGGAGAAGGCAAACUGAGAUAACCAGCUCAGGUUGUAAAUCUGAACAGCUACUAGCUCAGAAAAUGCAAAUGGUUUCCACUGAUUCAUUGUCACGAGAAAAGCCAUUACAGCUGUCUGGAAUCACUCACCCUUUGGGAAGUGGAGUAAACCAACAAUCAUAUUCGGAGUAUGUUUCCCAAACAAGUACACAAUUAGAAAUCAGCAUUGAUAACAAACCUGCUACAAGAUUAUCAGAAAUAGAUAAUUUGAGAGAUGGCAAAUUCCUCAGUUCACGACAUGAAGAAAAUUAUGAAAUGGGAUUAGGGAAACAACUGCAUCCACUGGAGAAAUCAAUGGAAGAAGAAAAGAAAGAACAUGUUGAAAAAACUGGGGACUUACUGAAAUGGGUUACAGAAAUCACCAGGAGCCUCAACAAAGGCAGUGGAGAAAGGGCUGAAAAAACAGAUUUUCUUAAGAAGCAGAUUUCUUCUGAUGAAUUAUCAGCCAAGAAAGAACAGCUAUCAGAGGCUUUGCAAGGAACACAGAUAUUUUUAGCAAAACAUGGUGACAAAAUGACAAAUGAGGAGAAAAACGAAAUGGAAAAUCAUAUAAAGUCCUUGCAAGAGUGUUCCAAACUCUUAUCCAAUGAAGGUUUGAUACAGUUGGAGGAGGAAAGAAAUAUAGAAGAUGAAAACAUGGAUGCAAAGGUAGACAAAGUCAUAGCUGGCAUCAUUGAUCAGACUACCGAAGAUACGUUUUCAGUCUUCCAGGCAAUUUAUAAAGGCCUUAUUGACUAUGACACUGGAAUCCAAUUACUUCAGAGGCAGAUUAUUUUAUCUGGUUUAAUUUCAUCUACCUCGGGAAAGAACUUUGAUCUUGAACAAGCAAAGGUCCUUAAACUUGUUGAUGAACAAGUUGCAUCAGAACUGCAAGAUUUGCAGAACGCUAUGAAGGUUAUUUCUCAACCAAGUGCAACCACAAUCCCGGUUGUGACUGCUUUGGAGCAAGGAAUCAUUUCAGAAUCUUUGGCUGUUAAAAUUCUUGAGAUCCAGCUUUCUGGAGGAUAUCUAAAAAUAGCCGGCUCAGAAGAACCAUUAACUUUGCACAAAGCUUUCCAAAAGAACCUGAUUUCUGGAGCACUAUAUGCUAAGAUCCUAGAAAGCCAGGAUACAUCUAGAGACCUUAUUGAUCCCAACACUGCAGAAAAAUUAUCAUUUGAGGAAUUUCUUGAAAGAACUGUCAUACACAAAGAAACAAAUUUAAGGUUUUUACCAGUGGCUCUUCAAGAAAGAGGCAAAAUAACACUAAAAUGUGGAAGGAAAGUCACUGUUACAAGGGCAGCUCAUGAAGGACUCAUAGAGAAGGAGACUAUGUUCAGGCUAUUAGAUGCUCAGCUACUUUCUGGGGGCUUAAUUAAUCCCAAUUCAGGUCACAGGAUGACUGUCGAAGAAGCAAUGAAGGAAGGAGUUAUAGAUCAAGAUACUGGCUGUGCUCUUUUGACUCAUCAAGUUCAGAGAGGUGGAAUCCUAUCACCAAACUCCCCGAAACGUUUGACUGUAGAUGAAGCUGUGCAGUGCAACCUGAUCUCUUCUACUUGUGCCUUGCUGGUGUUAGAGUCACAGCAAGGUUUUGUAGGACUCAUUUGGCCACACAGUGGCGAAAUAUUCCCUGUAUCUAUAUCUUUGCAUCAAGGCAUGAUCUCUAAUGAACUGGCCAGCAAAAUUCUAGAUGGGAGGCAAAAAAUAGCAGCACUAUAUAUUCCAGAAACCUCUGAAGUCAUCAGCCUAAAUAAUGCAGCCCAGCAAGGAAUUAUAGAUAGUAACAUUUUAUCCAUUUUGAGUAACAUUACCCUUCCUGAUGAAUUGCCGAACGGGGAUAAUGUGCCAUUCCCGUUGAAAAGGGCUUCAGGAUGUUUCUCAUUUUGUGAAUUCCAUGCAUCUACACAGAGUGAACAAAGAAAGGACAUUGAACAUCCGAACACCACAAGUCACCACUCCCAACAGAAUCAAAAGCUGUUCAUGUCUUACCUAAUGAUAAACAGUUAUAUGGAUGCAAAUACAGGCCAGAGGCUUUUGUUGCAUUGUGGUGACUUAAAUGAGGCUGUCAGUUGGUUAAUGGAUGUCAAGAACUCUGAAUGCAUUACAGAUGGAACCGAAGAACAAUUUUGUGAAUCUCCUGAAAACAGGGAGGGUCCAUAUCUUGAGCAACUGCCUAAAAAUGUAAUACUUAACUCUGUUACUGGCAGUGCUUUAGGUCAAGAGACAAGUAUCCAAAGUAUGCUUAGUAACAAUAACAGCGGGGGAUUUCAAGACGCUCACCAGAAUUUAGUUAACCAAUCAUGUGGUAAAGCUGAUGAGGCAAAAGAGUCCCCGGAUAAGCAUUUGCAAGGACAUCUUAUUUUAAGCAGAAAUGAAGUUGGCAAAUGCAUGACAGACAGGGAAAAAGAGAGUGGCAAGGAAAAUCUUUUCGGUAAAUUAGAUCAUGUUUUGGAUAGAAAUAAUCCUUCAGCAUUUACUAAUGGAAGAAAACUACCAAACAACACCGAGGAAUGUCCACCUCACAUUCUGCAGGAUAAUGAAGAAAUUAUAUUAAUAAAAGAUGAAGAAAAUGUUAAUUUGCAGAAUAGUUUACUUACCACUGUGAAAACUGGACUUAUAUCUUUAAAAGAUCCUACUCAGGAAGAAUUAGGGGCUUGUAAUGAAAAAGGGAUAUUACAGUCUGAUGCUAACAUCAUUGCUGUAUCCCAUAAUAAUAAUUACAGUGUAUCUCCUUUGGAACCUAGAGGGCCUACUCCUGAUAACCUAUUAUUAGAUAGUUGUAUGAAUAGCCAUUGGACAUCUCUGAUGGAAAAUACUUUUUCUAAGGAUGAUCCACCUCUGAAAGACAACAUCACCUUUCUAAAUCAGGAACAGAUUAAAACAGAACGAAAUGAAUCUCUGGAGAGCAAUAUUAAUGUAAAUCACAAACCUAUAAAUGAGAGUAACAUAGAUAGUAGAACUUUGCAUGAUUGUUGUGCUAAGUCUUUCAGAGUUCCACCAUCUGAAUGUGACAUUACAUCCAUUGAGCCCUUUCAGAUGGAUCAUAUUAUCACUCACAUUGGCCUUCCAGUGGAAGGCAAUAUUGGUACAACAUUGGCAGAAAACAGUUCUGGAUUUCUUGAUGGUUCACCUGUCAGUAUAGAUAGCCAUCUUAGAUUACUUAAUGAGCCAUCUGUGAAUGUUAAUAGCUCACUUCUAGAAGUCAGCAAUAGUAAGCCUUGUGAAACACAGGAUGAAAGAAAACGUAUCACUCCACUUUCGGAAAGUAGUAAUGAAUACAGAGAUAGUCUAGGCCUUUGUGAUAUAGCUCAGCAUAAAGAUGGCAGCAUACAUAAUGAUCAUAGUGAUGAUAUUGUUGAUAAUAUGGCUGAAGUUGAUAUGAGUAGGUCCUCUGCAGAUAAGGGAAUUAUUAUUCCAGAAGAAGGUGAUGAUGUACAGUGUAUUAAAACUGCUAUAGAUAAACCAACAGAAGAUGCAUCAAAAUAUCUUCUGUAUGAGAAAGAGGAGAUUUUUCUGUGCUUUGGUCAAUUGGAUAAUGAUGAUACACCUGAAACCGUGAGUAAGGAACCAUUCAGUGGAGGCACUGUUCAAGAAGAGAAGGGAGAAGGGGCUGGAAAUGUAGACAAAGAAUGGAGGGAAAAAGAAAGAGAUGAGGUUUUUACCUCCUUGAGAAAAUUGGAUGGAGCUGAAAUAAAACGAGAUAGGCAAAAGCAAAGUAGUACUGAAGAAGAAAAUUAUUCUGAUAAUACUGAAGAAGAAAGCAUUUCUGUAGAUAAUUACUUGGGCAAUAAGGAUAAGGAAAGUGAAGAUGACUUUGAUAGUUACGAUUAUGUAGACUUUGAUUAUUAUACAUCUGAUGAGACCGAUUAUGAGAAUGAGGAAGUGAUGGAAAUGCAUUACUCACAGUGCCAGGGUAUAAGCACUGGCAGCCAGUGUUUAGGGGACAAGAAAGAGCAGUUUCUAAAAACAGCAGAAGACAACUUUACUCAACAUGACUACAACUUGCAAGUAGAGUUGAAAAAUGGCUUACUCUGUUUUGAAAGAAACAAUGUCGAUGACUGUCAAAAUAUAACCAGUGAUAAAAGUAAAGAUAAAAGCCAGAAAGAUGCUGGAAAGGUUUCAGAACCUUUCUUAGAAAGAAAGUUUGAAGCACACUACUGUCAAAUUAUGGCUUCUGAGAAUGCCACUGUUCUUCAAAACACCUUGCUCUCUGAGCACAACGAGGCUAUCAGGCAUGAUGUAAAAGAAAUGUCAUUUCUGAGUUGUAAGAAAAGUCAUGGAGUACAUGAUACCAUGGGUGAUGGGAAACAGAAUAAAAAUGGAGUAUGUCUUCUGUGGGAAGAUAGUAUCCAGGAAUCAGAUGGAAGCUUGACAAAGAAUUGUUCAUUGGGUGUUAAAAACCCUUGUGAAACUAUUCACUCAUGUCAGGAGAAAGCUAGUCUUGAUCAGUUUUCAAAUGAAGCUAGAUCCUUUGUACAACCUAGUGGCUUGGCUACAGACGUAACUAUUGACCAUGAUAAUAAAGUAGUUGACCUUGCUACUUACUUAAAGCAGUGUGCACAAAAUAUCAAAUCCAAGGAUAUCUUAGCGCUGACACGGGGAGUUUCAUCCAACGUCCUGGAAAUUGAAAGAGGCAAUAAAGAGAAUGGAAUGGAAGCUGAAAAAAUCCAAACAAAACAGCAUUCCGAAGAACCAAGUUUCCGGAUUCUGACAUCAGAUACACCAGAACCUAUUCAAAUGAAUGACACCAAAGGAAGAGAAGAACAUUCCAAAUUAUAUCAUGAAACUCUCCAAUCGGAGAGCUUUGCUAUUAUGGAAGAUAAAACUUCCGAAGAAGUAAUUAGCAAAGUUGGAAUGGGUUGUAAGGAACAUUUGCAAACAGUGGGCUCCUUUUUUGAUAUUUUAGGCACUAUGGGUAACAGCUGGCCUAGUACAAAACAGAAUAUGCAUGAAAUACUUGUUAAUCACAGUAGUGAAAGAAAUGAUGAGGUAGAGGACAUUCAAGAUAAUAAUUCUACUUUCUUACAAAAAGCCACCAAAAACAAUGUGCAAUUAUCACAAAAAGGAACGCAUCCGCCUGAUUUUCCUUUAAUAGAGGAUCAGAAAAUACACUUGUCUAAUGUCCCUGCUACAUUGCAUGAAACCUUACCAAAUACACUUAAAAACCGAAUAGACGAUCUCUGCAUUCACUACAAUCAGGAAGAUAAAUUUUUAAGUUAUACUGGCACAAGGGCUUUAAUGCAAAACAUAUUUAAAACUGUUAAUCCUAUGCAUCAGGAACAGUUUAAACAAUCUGAUAACAAAGAUGAAAACAACGUUGCCGAAACAGCCGUUUUGGUCAAUCCACCUUGCAUCAGUGCAAAUGAACACAACCCUCCCCCAGGUAUUUGGCUUCAUAAUAGCAGUCCUGAUCUCCUCCUUGAUAUACUGAAGCAAGAUACUUCUAAUCAUAAAAACAAUGGCAAACAUGGAAUCACCAGCGACAAAGACCAGACUGAAAGGAGUCAGGUGAAAGUAGUUUCUCAGCUUGACCAAUUAUUUCCCAACCCAAAUGGAACUAAAGAUGUAUCAGAAUUAAAAUCAGUUGCCUGCUCAAAGAACCCAGCUAUAAGCAGUAACACUUUUAUGUUGGAAACAAAUCAGUCUAAGGAACUAUACCAUUCAGGAGAACACUUUUGUGAUCAUGCCUUGGAAAUGAAGGAAAUUUUUCCAGGAUCUGUGGCAACAAGCACGUUGCCCAGUGCUCUGCAGCCCUGUUCUUGGUACACAGAGAACCUGAGAAGGCACUUGAUAAUAGUCCAAGAUAUGAAAUUUCUCUUAGAUGAUCUGCAGCCCAUCAGUAAUGACUUGGAAGCUCUAAAAGUACAACUUGAGCAAUUAGAGGCAUUUGAAUCAGGACUUGCACGGUUUGCUGUCACCUUGCGAAAAGAUAUGAAGUUGGCAGAAGACUUUCUGAAAUUACAAUCCAGAGAUGAUUCUGCACAGCAGGAACUGGAAGAUCUAAAAGAAAGCUAUAAAUGCUUAGAGAGGAAAUUCUCUGUGGUCUGUGAAAUGUCUUCAAACCGAGCAAAGCAAAUAGUCUUUGCUGUAGACUCUGAAAUGGCCAAACUUGCUGUGUUGCAUGAGGAACUUUUAGUCAGUCUUCAAGAGUUCACAGAUUGGAUCGUUGAAAAAAGUGAAACGAUGAAUAAUUUGAAGAUGGUGAAUAUUGGUGAUGUGGAAGAUGUGAAGCAAAAGCUUCAGUUAGCCAAGGACCAAGAAAAAGAGCUUGGGUGUAGAAAAAUGCAACUGGAAUCCACAGCAUUUGAUAUUCAGUUCUUCAUUUCUGAACAUGCCCAAGAUCUUUCCCCAAACCAAAGCAAGCAACUCUUGAGGCUUUUAAAUUCUACACAACGACACUUCCAGGAAAUGCAAGAAAAAAUAAGAUCUCAAGUGGAUCAUUUUGAAUCUCUCUUACAAACAGCUCAAAUUCUUAUUGAUCAGCAGGAUUUGAUGGAUCAGCAUCAGGAAUUCCAAGAAAAAUUACAGAAUAUAUGCGAUCAACUCACACAGACUGAAAAUCAGAUCAUCGGCCACAAAGAGGCCCUUGUGAUUGAAGAUAGCAAGACUGAAUUACAGCAAUACCAAGUCAGGCAACAGGAAUUGCAGAAAAAUAUGCAAGCAAACACACAGGCCUUGGCAGAAAUCGUGAAAGACACAGAAAUGUUCUUGAAAGAGAAUGGGGAAAAGCUGCCAUUGGAAGAUAAGACUGCUCUUGAGAGGAAACUGAAUGAAGCAAAAACCAAGUGUUUGCUGCUAAGCCAGAAGGCAGAGGAAUCCAGAAAAGAGUUGGAUAAAGCUGUGACAACAGCUAUUAAACAAGAAACAGAAAAGGUUGCAGCUCGUCAACAACUUGAAGAGAGCAAAAAUGUGAUAGAAAAUCUUCUGGAUUGGCUGUCAAAUGUAGAUAAGGAUGCUGAUCAUAGAGAUACAAAAUGCAAGCCAACAAUCAAACAGAAUGGUACUCAUUUUCCUAAAGGAGAUGGAGAGGAUUUGAUUGGAGGGGAAGAUGAAGUAAAUGGCAACUUGCUAGAAACCCAAGAACAGAAUGAAACUCUUGUAGAUGGACAACGUACACUGUCAGAUGAUAAUCUCAACAUGAAAUAUCAGAAAGCUAAGGCGCAACAUGAAAAAAUUAUUUCACAGCAACAAGCUGUCAUUGUAGCAACCCAAUCUGCCCAGGCUCUGCUGGAGAAGCAAGGACACCAUCUUUUGCCAGAGGAAAAAGAGAAAAUCCACAAGAACUUAAAGCAGCUGAAGGUGCAGUACGAGACUGCAUUGGCCGAAUCUGAGCAGAAGCUGAAGUUAACACGCUCGCUACAGGAGGAGCUCGAGAAGUUCGAUGCGGAUUACUCCGAGUUUGAAAAUUGGCUGCAGCUGGCCGAGCAAGAACUCGAGAACCUGGAGAUCGGAGCCUCUGACUUCGGCGGCAUCCUCAUCAAACUGCAAAGGCAGAAGAGCUUUUCUGAAGACGUCAUUUCUCACAAAGGGGAUCUGCGGUUUAUUACCAUUGCUGGACAGAGAGUAUUGGAGGCAGCUAAGUCCUGCAACAAAAUGGAAGGCAUCAGAUACGAGAAAGAAGGCCUGGAUACUUCAUCAACUUACAUGGAGGUACAGAAUAAGCUGGAUAGAGCAACCAGUCGCUUCAAGAAUCUCUACUCUAAGUGUAGUAUUUUUGGAAAUAAUCUCAAAGAUCUGGUAGAUAAAUACCAAAAUUACAAAGACGCUGCAUCUGGGCUUCGUUCCGGACUCCAAGACUGUGAAGAAGCUGUGAAUAAGCAACUAUCUGAGGCAAUUGCUGGGGAUCCGAAAAAUCUUCAAAGGCAGCUAGAAGAAACCAAGGUGCUUCAAGGACAAGUAUCUAGUCAUCAGGUUGCAGUAGAAAAAUUGAAAAAAGCAGCCGAAGUGCUCUUUGACACCCGGGGAGAAUUAUUGCCAGACAAAGAUGAAAUCCAGCAAACACUGGACACUAUUGUAGAUAAAUAUAAUCAGUUAUCCAAAGCAGUGAAUAAUCGUAAUGAAAAGCUCCAAAUAACGUUGACUCGUUCAUUAAGUGUUCAGGAUGGAUUAGAUGAAAUGCUAGAUUGGAUGAAUGGUGUUGAGAAGAAUCUUGAGAUGCACGGUCAAGUGCCUUUAAACUCUGCUGCUAUUGAAGAUGUCAUUAGCAAAAAUAUGGCACUAGAACAAGACAUUGUAGGCCGUCAGAGCAGCCUAAAUGCCAUGAAAGAAAAAAUGAAGAAAUUCAUGGAAACUGCAGAUCCCUCAACCGCAUCUUCUUUAGAAGCUAAAAUGAAUGAGCUUUCCCAGAGGUUUUGCAAUGCUCACCAUAAACAUAAGAAAAGACUAGAAGACAUGGAGAAGUUGAAGACCAGUGUAGAGUUGUUUGAAUGUCUGUCUGACAAACUUCAGUCAUUCUUUGACAAGAAAACUCAAGCCCUCAAUGAGGCUGAUAUUCCUGGAAAGGAUGUUGCUGAAAUGUUCCUUUGUGUGCAGGAAACCAACACAGAAUUGAUGGAGCAGAAGAAAGAUCUUGAAGUUUUGCAACACCUCAUUGAAGAACUUUCUCCUCAUGCUCUACCAGGAGACAAGUCAUUAGUGUUAGAAAAAGUAAAUGCCUUGUCAAAGAAAUUCAGGGAAAUAGAAGAGAUGAUGCAAGAAAAAGAGAAGGAUGUGUCCUCUUGCCAACAACAAAUUGAUGCAUUCAGGGGUUAUGUUGAGUCUCUGAAGAAAUGGAUAGACGAAACGAUAGAAAGGAUUCCCCCUAUACAGCCCUCUUUAAAUACUGAUAGCUUAAAGAAACAUUUGCAAAGCACCAAGGAUUUGGAAGAUGAAUGGAAUGCAAAGGCACCUGAUCUGAAGAAAAUGAAUAGCAGAGGAAAUGCUUUGUGUAACCUAAUUAUUGCUGUGACUUCCACUGCAAAGUCAUGGGGUGUAAAGUCAGAUGUACCUGGGGCAAUAUCGAAUGGAGAUGGAACAGCUACUCAUCAUAAUCAGAGUUUUAUGACAAACAAAGAACUGACCACGAUUCAAAAUAGCAUGUCAACUGUGAAUCAGAGUUAUGAUGACUUGGGAGCAACACUGAAGGACAAGAGAUCAGAAUUGGAAUCGAUGCUUUUAAAUAUGCAAAACAUUCAAGAAGAAACAAGUUCAAUGAUGGAAUGGUUACAGAAAAUGGACACAGUUGCAGCCAAAUGGGAAACAACUGUUCUUGACAGCGAAACAGUUAAAGAAAAGGUUGAUCAGCAUAAGCUGUUUGAAACAGAAUUGAAGCAGAAUGAGAGUAAAGUGAAAGAGCUGAAGGACAGAGUCACAGAGUUGCUGGAAAAAAACCCUGAUUCUUCUGAGGUGCCAAAAUGGAAAGAAAUGUUAGAGAAAAUAGAUUCCAAAUGGAGUCAACUCAGCCAGGUAGCAGCUGAUAGACAGAAAAAAAUGGAGGAAUCGUCAAAUUACCUGACCCAGUUUCAGGCAACUGAGGCUCAGUUAAGCCAAUGGCUGGUUGAAAAAGAAUUAAUGAUCAGUGUGCUUGGACCACUAUCAAUUGAUCCAAAUAUGCUAAACACACAGAAGCAGCAAGUCCAGAUUCUGCUCAAAGAGUUUGAUACCCGAAAACCCCAGUAUGAACAGCUAUCUGAAGCAGGUCAGGGAAUCCUGCAGAGGCCAGGAGAACACCCACCUACUCAUGAAAGAGUGAAGCAGCAGCUGACAGCAGUGGCCCAGAAAUGGGAUGCUUUAACAGGACAGCUGAGUGGCCGCUGUGGUCGAAUUGAACAGGUCAUUGUCAAAAGCACAGAGUACCAGAACUGUCUGAAAAGCCUCUCCGAGAAACUUAGCACGCUGGAGAAUAAAUUCCGCCAGAACCUGGCUAUAAGUGCAGACCCUGACUCUGUCAAGCAGCAACUGGAAACGGCUCAGGAAAUAAAAGGCGAAAUAGACCAAGAAAUGUUACACAUAAAUGGGGCUCAGGUUGUGUGCGAGGAAUUGUCUGCGUUGGUGGCAGAAGAUUACUUGAGAACUGAACUCGUCAGGCAAUUAGAAGCUGUCUUAAAGCCUUUCAAGGAGAUGGAACAGAAAGCAGGCAAUCUCAUUGACCAGCUUCAGUUAACCUAUGCAAGUUCUCAUCAAUUCCAACAAAUGUCUAAAGACUUUCAAGCAUGGCUGGACAUAAAGAAACAAACACAAAAUCAGUCUCCUCCCAUUUCCACUAAGCUAGAAAGCCUGCGGUCAUUAAUUGAGGAUCAGAAAGAAUUUAAGGCAGCAUUGUCUGACCAGAUUGGUUCAUAUGAAAAAAUAAUUUCAGAAGGUGAAAAUCUGCUUCAGAAGACUCAAGGGGCAGAAAAAACAGAAUUGCAGUCCCAACUCAACAGGCUCAAAGCAAAUUGGGAUGAGCUGCAUAAACAAGUGAAUGAGAGGCAAGAUAAGUUGAAUGACUGUUUGGAAAAGGCUCUCCGAUACAAAGAACACGUGGAGGUCCUGCAACCCUGGAUAACCAAGUGCCAAAAUAACUUAGCAGAAAUUAAAAUAGGUAUCGAUCCUGUUGAGAUAGAGAAUUCCAUUGCUCAGGUGAAGAUUUGGCAGAAGGAUUUGGAUAAACACCAAGGAAUUGUUGAGCUGUUAAGUAAUACAGCAGAGAGUUUUCUUAGCGCCUGUCAAACUGAUAAGGAUAUUAUUGAAGAGGAAAAGAAACUAUUGAUACAGAAGAUGGAUAUGGUCACAGAACAGUUACAUAUUAAAACAGAUACUCUGGAAAAGAUGUCUCAGAGAUUAAAAGAGUUUCAGGAAUCAUCCCAGGACAUUAAGGAGCAGUUGAAGAACACUAGGGAACAGUUAGAAAUACACAACGCUCUUAAACCUCAGACUUACAGUAUUAAACACUUAACUAUUAUGCAGACUCAGCAGAAAGCCCUUCAGACAUUGAAGUCACAAGUGGAUGUGACAAAAAAACUUGCCCAAGACCUGGUAGUGGAUGCUUCUGAUUCAGCAAACAUCUCUGACAUCUUGUUGCAAGCAGAAUCGUUAGAGGAAGAAUUCAACACCGUCAGCCAGCAAGUUGAGGAUGAAUGUUCCUUCCUGGAGACUAAGCUCCAAGGAAUUGGCCAUUUUCAAAAUACCAUUCGAGAGCUGUUUUCUCAAUUUGCAGAGUGUGAUGACGAGUUGGAUAGCAUGGCUCCUGUGGCCAGGGACCUUGUCACUCUGCAGUCCCAACAAGAGGCUAUAAAAGUUUUCCUUGAAAAAUUACAGGAACUGAUAAGCAACAACGAAAAUGCGAACAAGUCAUGUAAAGUGAUGUUAGCAAGUGAAGCAGAGGCGUCUCCUGAUCUCGCAGGUAUAAAAAGGGAUUUAGAGGCUCUGAAUAAGCAGUGCAACAAAUUACUGGACAGAGCAAAAACCAGAGAAGAGCAGAUCGAAGGGACUAUUAAUCGUGUGGAAGAAUUUUACAGCAAACUAAAGGGAUUUGCCAAACUGCUUGAGGAAGCUGAAGAACACGAAGAGUCCCAAGGCCCUGUUGGAAUGGAAACAGAGAUUAUUAAUCAACAACUGAAAGUAUUUCAGGCAUUUGAGAAAGAAGAGAUUGAACCACUGCAACUUAAGCAGCAGGAGAUAAAUUGGUUGGGUCAAGGCCUUAUUCAGAGUGCUGCUAAAAAUGCAAGUACUGAUAACCUUGAGCAGGAUCUUGAAGACGUUAAUACAAGGUGGAAAACUCUCAAUAAAAAGGUUUCACAAAGAGCAGCACAGUUGCAAGAAGCAUUGUUGCACUGCGGGAGGUUUCAAGAUGCCGUUGAAGCUGUUCUCAGCUGGUUAAUUGAUACAGAAGAUCUUGUGGCCAAUCAGAAGCCCCCGUCUGCUGAAUUUAAAGUUGUGAAGGCCCAAAUACAGGAGCAAAAACUUCUCCAGAGAUUGUUAGAUGACCGCAAGCCUACUAUUGAAUUGAUCAAGCGUGAAGGGGAAAAAAUUGCAGAGUCAGCAGAACCGGCAGAUAAAGAAAAGAUCUUGAAACAGCUGAGUCUCCUGGAUAGCAGAUGGGCUGCAUUGCUUGAUAAAGCAGAAAUGAGGCAUCGCCAGUUGGAAGGGAUUUCAACUGUAGCGCAGCAGUUCCAUGAAACCUUAGAACCAUUAGUUGAAUGGCUAGCAACUACUGAAAAGAAGCUUUCCAAUUCAGAACCCAUUGGCACCCAGGCUUCCAAACUACAACAACAAAUUUCUCAACAUAAAACUAUAGAGGAAGACAUCACCACUCACAAUAAAAAUCUACAGCAAGCAAUUAAUAUUGGUCAAAUUUUAAACUCAUUGUGCUCCAGGGAAGACAAAGAGAUGGUUCAAGAGAAAUUAGAUUCUUCAGAAGGCCGAUACAUUGAGGUUCAAGAAAAAAGCAGAAGUAGGGCUGAGCUCCUGAAACAAGCAUAUUGCAAUGCUCAGAUUUUUGGAGAAGAUGAGGUUGAAUUGAUGAACUGGUUGAGUGAAGUCCAUGAGAAACUGAGCAAAUUGGGAGUCCAAGACUACAAUACUGAUUUACUAGAGAAACAGCACGCUGAAAUGCUGGUUCUUCAAGAAGAGAUUAAGAUCAGAAAAGAUAAUGUUGAUGAAGCUAUUCAAAAUGGUUUACUGCUUCUUAAACAAACUACAGGAGACGAAAUUGUUGUAAUUCAAGAUAAAUUGGAAGGCAUCAAAGCAAGGUACAAGGAUAUCACUAACCUGAGUUCUGAAGUGUUCAAAACUUUAGAAGAAGCUCUUCAGCUUUCAGGGCAGCUCCAAUCAGCUCACAAAGAACUUUGUUCUUGGCUUGACAAAGUUGAAGUCGAGUUACUUUCACACAACUCUCAAGAUCCCAAAGGCAAAGAAUUAAGUGAAACACAAGAAAGACAAAAAGAACUGAAAAAAGAAGUAAAGGAUAAGAAAAGUUUAUUGGACAAUCUCAAUGAAAUCAGCAGUGCUUUGUUGGGACUGGUGCCAUGGAGAGCCAGGGAAGGGAUAGAUAAAAUGGUUACAGAAGACAAUGAACGAUACCGAUUAAUGAGUGACACUUUAAAUCAAAAAGUGGAAGAAAUUGAUGCUGCAAUUUUAAGAUCACAACAGUUUGACCAGGCAGCUAAUAAUGAAUUAGCCUGGAUUGACAAAACAGAAAAGAAACUGAUAUCUCUGGGAGACAUAAGACUUGAACGGGACCAGACUUUUGCUCAGCUUCAAAUUCAAAAGGGGUUUACCAUGGAGAUUUUGAAACACAAGGAUACAAUAGAAGAACUUGUUUCAUCUGGGGAUGAGAUCAUGAAGACAUGUACAGAGGAGGAGAAACAAAUUAUGAAGAACAAACUGGAAACUCUCUUGCAUAAAUACGAUACGCUCUGUCAAAUGAAUUCCAAGAGAAACUUGCAAUUAGAAUGGGCUCAAUCUCUGGUUAGCCAAUUCUGGGAGACUUACGAAGAGAUUUGGCCAUGGCUAACUGAAACAGAGACGAUCAUCUCACAGCUUCCAGCACCAGCUCUUGAAUACGAAACUCUGAGGCAGCAGCAAGAAGAACAUCGGCAACUGCGAGAGUUGAUUGCUGAGCAUAAACCUCACAUAGAUAAGAUGAACAAAACUGGACCUCAACUCCUGGAGCUGAGCCCACAAGAGGGAUUUUUAAUCCAAGAGAAAUAUGUAGCAGCUGAUGCUCUUUACAGUCAAAUUAAAGAAGAUGUCAAAAAGCGGGCCCAAACACUGGAUGAAGCCAUUUCUCAAUCAACUCAGUUCCAUGAUAAGAUAGAUUCAACUAUUGAGAACCUGGACCGGAUCGCUGAACGUUUGCGGCAGCCACCUUCAAUCUCAGCUGAAGUGGAAAAGAUUAAAGAACAGAUCAGUGAAAAUAAGAAUGUCUCUGUAGAUUUGGAAAAACUACAGCCAGUGUAUGAAACUCUCAAACUGCGUGGAGAAGAAAUGAUUGCACGUUCAGAAGGAGCUGAUAAAGAUAUAUCUGCUAAAGUUGUUCAGGAUAAGCUCGAUCAGAUGGUCUUUAUCUGGGAGGAUAUCCAUGCUUUGGCUGAGGAAAGGGAAGCAAAGCUCCUUGAUGUCAUGGAAUUAGCAGAGAAGUUCUGGUGUGAUCAUAUGGCUCUCAUAGCCACCAUCAAAGAUACUCAAGAUUUUAUCAGAGAACUAGAAGGAGCAGGGAUUGAUCCUUCAGUGGUGAAGCAACAGCAGGAAGCAGCAGAGUCCAUCAAAGAAGAGAUAGAUGGGCUACAAGAAGAACUUGAUGCCGUUGUGAAUCUUGGUUCUGAACUCAUAGCUGCAUGUGGUGAACCUGACAAACCAUUAGUCAAUAAAAGUAUUGAUGAGCUAAAUUCCAUUUGGGAUGGUUUAAAUAAAGCAUGGAAGGAACGUGUUGACAAACUUGAAGAAGCUAUGCAGGCUGCUGUUCAGUAUCAAGAUGGACUACAGGCUAUGUUUGACUGGGUGGAUAUUGCUGGUAGUAAAUUGACUUCAAUGUCACCAGUUGGAACAGACCUAGAAACAGUAAAACAGCAAACAGAAGAGCUGAAGCAAUUUAAAAAAGAAGCCUACCAACAACAGAUAGAAAUGGAACGACUGAACCAUCAGGCCGAACUGUUGUUGAAAAAAGUCACAGAGGAAAGUGAGAAGCAUACUGUUCAAGAUCCUUUGUCUGAACUCAAGCUAUUAUGGGAAUGUCUAGAGGAUAAAAUCGUUAGCCGCCAGCAUAAACUGGAAGGUGCUUUAUUGGCUUUGGGGCAGUUCCAGCAUGCUCUGGAUGAAUUGCUGACAUGGCUGACACACACUGAAGACCUGCUGAAUGAACAGAGGCCAGUGGGAGGUGACCCCAAAGCUAUUGAAAUUGAGCUGGCCAAACAUCAUAUUUUGCAAAAUGAUGUCUUGGCUCACCAGUCUACUGUGGAAACAGUUAAAAAAGCGGGAAAUGAUCUGAUUCAAUCAAGUGCUGUAGAGGAAGCUAGUAAUCUGCAAAGCAAACUUGAGCUUCUGAAUCAACGAUGGCAAAAUGUCUUGGAAAAAACAGAAAAAAGGAAGCAGCAGCUGGACAGUGCUUUGAUCCAGGCCCAGGGUUUCCAUGGUGAUAUUGAAGACUUACAACAAUGGCUGACAGAAACUGAGCGUCACCUUUUGGCAUCAAAGCCUGUUGGUGGCUUACCAGAGACUGCAAGAGAGCAGCUUAAUACCCAUAUGGAACUUUGUGCUACCUUUGAAGCUAAGGAGGAAACAUACAGAUGUCUGAUGCAGAAGGGCCUACAGAUGCUUGCAAGAUGCCCAGAGUCUAUGGAAACUAAUGUUGAGCAGGAUAUAAAUAAUCUUAAAGAAAAAUGGGAAUCAGUAGAGACCAAACUUAAUGAAAGAAAAAUCAAACUGGAAGAAGCUCUCAGCCUGGCAGUGGAAUUUCACAAUUCGCUACAAGAUUUUAUCAACUGGCUUACCCAAGCUGAGCAAACUUUGACAAUGGCUUCUCGGCCAAGUCUUAUUUUAGACACUGUCCUAUUUCAGAUUGAUGAACACAAGGUCUUUGCCAAUGAAGUAAAUGCUCAUCGUGACCAGAUUAUCCAGCUAGACAAAACUGGAACUCAUUUGAAGUACUUCAGCCAGAAACAGGAUGUGGUCCUCAUUAAGAAUCUUCUCAUUAGUGUCCAGAGCAGGUGGGAAAAAGUAGUUCAGCGCUUAGUAGAAAGAGGAAGAGCCUUGGAUGAUGCAAGGAAGCGUGCCAAACAGUUCCAUGAAGCUUGGAUCAAACUUACUGAAUGGUUGGAUGAUUCAGAAAAGACUUUAGAUGCAGAACUGGAAAUUGCAAAUGAUCCAGACAAAAUCAAAAUGCAGCUUGCCCAGCAUAAGGAGUUCCAAAAAUCUCUUGGAGCUAAACAUUCUGUGUAUGACACCACAAACAGGAGUGGGCGCUCUUUAAAAGAAAAAACUUCCCUCACUGAUGACAGCCUGAAAUUGGACGAUAUGUUGAGCGAGCUUAGAGACAAAUGGGAUACGGUCUGUGGAAAAUCUGUAGAAAGACAAAACAAACUGGAAGAAGCUCUCCUGUUCUCUGGGCAAUUUACUGAUGCUCUUCAGGCUCUCAUAGAUUGGCUUUACAAAGUGGAACCACAACUGGCCGAAGAUCAGCCUGUGCAUGGAGACAUUGAUUUAGUGAUGAAUUUAAUAGAUAAUCACAAAGGCUUCCAAAAGGAACUGGGGAAAAGGACCAGUAGUGUUCAGGCCCUGAAACGUUCUGCUCGAGAGCUAAUCGAAGGUAGCCGUGAUGAUUCCUCUUGGGUUAAGGUUCAAAUGCAGGAGCUUGGUACUCGGUGGGAGACUGUGUGUACUCUCUCUGUCUCCAAGCAAACUCGACUAGAACAGGCCCUUCAUCAGGCAGAGGAAUUCCACUCAGUUGUCCAUGUGCUUCUGGAAUGGCUGGCUGAAGCUGAACAGACCCUGCGUUUCCAUGGGAUCCUACCAGAUGAUGAAGAGGCCCUGCGUAUGCUAAUAGAUCAGCAUAGAGAAUUCAUGAAGAAACUGGAUGAAAAAAAGAUUGAGCUUAGUAAAGCCACAGAUAUGGGAGAGGCCAUCCUGGCUAUUUGCCAUCCAGAUUCCAUCACUACCAUCAAGCACUGGAUAACCAUUAUCCGAGCAAGAUUUGAAGAGGUGGCAGCAUGGGCAAAGCAACAUCAGCAAAGAUUGGCAGGGGCCCUCGCUGCUCUUAUUGCUAACCAGGAGUUAUUGGAAGCAUUAUUGUCCUGGCUGCAGUGGGCGGAGACAACGCUGACUGAAAAAGACAAAGAAGUCAUUCCUCAGGAGAUUGACGAUGUCAAGGCACUCAUAGCAGAGCAUCAGACAUUCAUGGAAGAAAUGACCAGAAAACAGCCAGAUGUAGAUAAAGUUACGAAGACACAUAAAAGAAAAGCAGCUGAAACCAGCCCAAUCCAAUCUCAUAUUCCUGUAUUGGAUAAGGGAAGAGGAGGAAGAAAAUGUUCUCCAAUCCCAAGCAUAUAUCCUUCAGGUGCUCAGACCCAAAUCGAGACUAAGAAUCCACGGAUUAACCUCUUGCUCAGCAAAUGGCAACAAGUCUGGCUCCUGGCCCUGGAGAGACGAAGGAAACUUAAUGACGCCUUAGACCGAUUAGAAGAGCUGAGGGAAUUUGCCAAUUUUGAUUUUGAUAUUUGGCGGAAGAAGUAUAUGCGAUGGAUGAACCACAAGAAAUCUCGAGUAAUGGACUUCUUUAGGAGGAUAGAUAAAGAUCAGGAUGGAAAGAUAACAAGACAGGAAUUUAUUGAUGGGAUUCUCUCUUCAAAAUUUCCUACAAGUCGCCUGGAAAUGAGUGCGGUAGCAGACAUUUUUGACAGAGAUGGCGAUGGCUAUAUUGACUAUUAUGAAUUUGUAGCAGCACUUCAUCCAAACAAGGAUGCAUACAAACCUCUGACAGAUGCAGACAAAAUUGAAGAUGAGGUGACAAGGCAAGUAGCAAAAUGUAAAUGUGCAAAGCGGUUCCAGGUGGAGCAGAUUGGCGAAAAUAAGUACAGAUUCUUCCUGGGAAAUCAGUUUGGUGAUUCCCAGCAGCUUCGUCUUGUCCGUAUCCUGCGAAGCACCGUUAUGGUUCGUGUUGGAGGUGGUUGGAUGGCACUAGAUGAGUUCUUAGUGAAAAAUGAUCCCUGCAGAGUUCAUCAUCAUGGGAGUAAAAUGUUACGUUCGGAAUCAAACUCUUCAAUUACCACUCAGCCUACUAUAGCAAAAGGAAGGACAAACAUGGAGCUCCGCGAGAAGUUCAUGUUAGCAGAUGGGCCUUCCCAAAGUAUGGCUGCCUUCCGAUCAAGAGGACGUAGAUCACGGCCUUCUUCAAGGGGCGCUUCUCCCAACAGAUCCAUGUCUGUGUCCAAUCAACCUGCCCAAGGAACUCCAGUUUCAGCUCUUGCUGCUAGUACGCCCAAGACACCCCAUCCUUUAACACGCAACUAUGGUAAACCAUGGUUGAUAAACAGCAAAACGUCAUCUCCUUGUAAACCAUCAGAGUGCUCUGAAUAUCAAGUAUCAUCCACAGAGGGAACUCCAAUACAAGGGAGUAAACUUAGACUUCCAGGCUAUCUUUCUGGGAAAGUUUUUCAUUCUGGAGAAAAUAAUGGCCUAAUUUCAACAGCAGCUACAAGAGCCAGAGCACAUUUUGCAGAACCUAGAAAAACGUCAAGUAGGCCUGGAAGUCGUGCUGGAAGUAAAGCCGGGAGCAGAGCGAGCAGCCGUCGGGGCAGUGAUGCCUCUGACUUUGACAUUUCAGAAAUCCAGUCAGUGUGCUCAGAUAUGUCAGAAACUGUUCAUACCCCAAUUAGACCAAGAUCCCGACCGAAUUCUCGGUCUGCCUCGGGAAAGCCUUCCAAAAUUCCAACCCCACAAAAACGAUUGCUAGUCAGAAAAUUAGACAAGUCCUCCAAGAGAUAG